UGUGAGCUAUUCCUUGCUGAAGAUGGCAGAGCUUGGGCUGACACAUGCAGCUGAUACCCUGUUGCAGAAUGGAGCCAACCUCAACUUUGAAGGUCAGUUGACUAGUGGUGUUUCAUUCUAAAAUAGUUUCUCUGACAGCCCUAGUAGGGGCUGAGCAGGCAGCUUAAGAGUUUGAUCAUACCUUGGUGUAAAGGCCAGGUCUUGGAUGUUUCUGGUCCUUUGAUUCCUCAGGUGUCACUUAAUUUUUAUUGUUUAAGCUAUGUGAGCAGCCACAUUCACUUUCAACUUGUGGGCAAAUGCCUAAUGAGGGGGAGAAGAGGACUUGGCUGAGUGCCUCCUCUUCUCUCUGCCUUUUAAAUGGUUCUCUUGCCACCUCUAUUCUAGCUGAAGCCCCAUCUUUGCUUCAGCUUCUCCUGUGUGAUUGAUUUAGCAGCCUUUCCCCAAGUCCCCAGUUAUGUCGCCUCUCCCAUUAACGUUAAUGAAAAUGCGCCUGCUGGCAGUGAGCCCAGGGCUAAGAGAAGAUAAUUUCUUGCUGCUUUUCUCUGAGCUGUCUUGCAGUUUAUUUGUUAAUACCGUGUGGAGAGGAGAGCAGAUAAGCUGCUUUGGGCAUAAAUCACGGCACGAAGGCGUUAGUUUCCUGUCGUGUAAAUGGCCACAGAACCAGGCUGCUCCAUGCAAAGGAGAAUGUGGUCCUUGGAUUACAUGGGAUCCUGUCACUUACUAUACUGCUCUGCACAUUGCUGUCCUCCGCAACCAGCCAGACAUGGUAGAGCUGCUGGUGCAUCAUGGGGCUGACAUUAACAGGAGAGACCGGAUCCAUGAGAGCAGUCCCUUGGACUUGGCCAGUGAGGAACCUGAGCGGCUGCCCUGCUUGCAACGACUUCUGGACCUUGGGGCUGAUGUUAAUGCAGCUGACAAGCAUGGAAAGACAGCUUUGCUUCAUGCGCUAGCUAGUAGCGAUGGGGUCCAAAUCCAUAACACUGAGAACAUCCGGCUCUUGUUGGAAGGAGGAGCAAAUGUAAAGGCUACCACCAAAGACGGUGACACAGUCUUUACAUGCAUCAUCUUCCUGCUCGGUGAAACAGUGGGAGGGGACAAAGAGGAGGCCCGUAUGAUCAACCGGUUCUGCUUCCGUGUUACUCAGCUGCUACUGGCUCAUGGAGCAGACCCUAGUGAAUGCCCACCCCAUGAAUCACUCACCAAUAUCUGCCUCAAGAACUUUAAACUACACUUUCCACUCCUGCGCUUCCUUCUGGAAUCUGGAGUCUCCUAUAAUUGCUCCCUCCAUGGCCCAUCUUGCUGGUCUGGCUUCCAUAUUAUCUUUGAGAGACUCUGUUCCCACCCAGGCUGCCCUGAAGAUGACAGCCACUCUGAACUCCUGCAGAAAGCAGAGACUGUCUUGGAGCUCAUGGUAGCUAGUUCCCAGAGAAUUCAGCUGCCUAGCAACUUUGAGGUCAACCCUGCUGGCUGCCUGGCCGAAAAGAUUAAGGCCCUCUACACUAACUUGAAGCAACUAGAAUACUGUCCCCCACCCCUUAAGCAUUUGUGCCGUGUAUACAUUCGCCAACAGCUUCGACCUUGGCCUGUGGACGUCAAGGUCAAGGCCCUACCUCUUCCGGACAGGCUAAAGUGGUAUCUUCUCAUUGAGCACAGUGGUUCUAAUGAUGACGACGUCUGAUAUGACUCAGGCAAGCCCCUUCAUCUUCCAUUUGUCUCCCCCCAGCCCUAUCCUCCUCCCCCUCCCCUGGAUCUCUGAGAUUUCCCAGGUUGAAAGGCACAAUGGUUGGAGCAGCUUAAACGUAAGCUUGACCCUUUGUACACUAAAUGAGUGUAGGUCCCUGGGUUCUGGGAGGAGAGAGGGGGUAGCCCCUUUCCUCAUUUAUCUCCAUCUAAACAAAAAGAGGUUUGGGAAAGACCUGAUUUUUGCUGGGUGCUAGGAAAGAUAGGUGGAUAUACCCUAGGGUUUCUGACUGGGGUGCUCGAUAACAGAAGCUUCACUCAUUCCUAACAUAAGAUGCAUUCUUAAAGAUGGCUUUGCCCCAUGGGCUGAAGUUCCCAACCCUUGCCUGAAGGGAAUAGACACUGGAUUCUAGGUCUGGGAGAAGCUAUGAUAUCCUUUAAUUUUAAUCUCUUUUUAAGUGGGAGUUUACUUGCUGUGCAGCAGUUUGUCCACUGAAGCUCACCUCUAUGUAGUACUGGAGGGAACAAGAAAUCUGCCUAUGUCGGUACGAAGACUACUGCUCUGUGAAAGUGCAAGCAUUUGGUCUUCUGGAAGCUGUAGGAAGUUAACAUUCUUCCCUGUUGGAGAAGCCACUUAGUAAAAGGUGAUGUUAUUUAUUCCCUCCAACUGAAGGGAUUUUAGGAGGGUAGCCAGUCUCUUUCAAUAGCUGAAGACCCAGAAAUUGGUUCUGUUUCAGAGUGAGAAAUGUGGGAGGGGAAAAAGAGGAGGUCAGACAUGUGGCCCAUUGCUCUGCUAUUUUCCACCAUGGGUUCUCUUAGCUGUUACUUGGCAGCUCCUGCCAAAGUGCCUUUUGGGUGGCAGGGGAGAAUAGCUACUGAAAAUGUAUAUAAAUUCACUUACUGUCCCAUGGGUGAAAGAUAAGCUUAGACCUCUUUCUAACAGCACUGCAGAGCUAUGAGGCUGGGAUGUUAGGGCACAAUGCAUUGCGUGUAAAUACAGCUGGUUUGCGCUACCUCACCUUAGUGGGCUGUAGGUUGUCUGUAAAAAGAGCCUAACAUUGUUAACAUGUUGAUAGUCUCCCUAACCCCAGUGUAAGUUAUGGUUAAAGUGCCAAAACCAGGAACUUUCUUAUUUCACUACUGGAAAAUAAAGUGCUAUGUAUGAUACUACUUGUGUUUAAAAGCAAUUAUGAGUAUAUUCAAGUAUGUGGCCUUUUAUCAAAGUCAGUCUUGUCUUUGUGAGAGAGAUUCAACUUUGAGUAUGGGAAAUCGCCAUUUAGUUAAGUCCAGACUGUGAAACUGCACUGCCAAAACCCAUAGUCACUGUCCCCUCCCCACAAAUAGUUCACCACAAAACUUGUAUAGACAUGCUGGCCAUUUGAAGAUGUAUAACACUAUACUAUACUGCACUAAUGUUUGGAGUAAGCUCAAGCAAUUAAAUGAGAUCUUUUGCAAAA